UCCUAGAGCGGUGUAUCGUAUAAAUCCUCGAAGCGAUUCUCGAGGAUUUCGCUUUCCUUAUGGCUGGCUAUUCAAUUACUGAUUUUCUAGUCCUAUUCUUCGUUAAGUCUAUUCAAAUUAUCUCUGUUCAAGCCGGACAAAAAGGUUUGGAAACAGCUCCAUUGCAGAUUUAUAAAAGUAGCCUGUUUUCUUUGGACGAGUUCCAUUACUUGAGGGUGCCUCGAGUUGCAGAAUUUACUGCAUAUAAUGAUUUACAUUGUGCCUUAAAUUGCCUUGACAUUACCUUGUGCUUCUCAAUAAAUAUGGCCGUCGUUAAAAGUGCCAAUGGAAAAAUUUGGUGCGAGCUACUGUCAUCUGAUAAGUACAGAAACUACACGGAGUAUGGGAAGAAUAAGAGCUCGCAUCAUCUUACUAUGCUGUCACCUUGCAUAUUUUUGCCAUGCAAAAAUGGAGGCACCUGCAUCGCAAAUGAGAGAACUCGUGCCUGGAAAUGCCAUUGUACAAACGCUAGCUAUGGAGAAUACUGCGAAAACGAUUUCAAAUCCUGUAAAGAUGCCUAUGACUUGUACAGGUCGAAUGUGAGUCAAGUUGUAACUUUAUUUGCAAACACACAACCAGCUUCUAUUUUCUGUCACAUGGAAGAUUUCGGAUGUGGAGAUGGAGGAUGGACACCUGUCAUGAAGAUUGAUGGCAGCAAGACCAUUUUUGGCUACAACGCAAGUUACUGGAGCAACAAAAAUGUAUAUAAUCUUCUUGGAGGAGAGACUGGCUUUGACUCGCGAGAGACCAAGUUAUCAACCUACUGGAAAACGCCCUUCUCCAAAAUCUGUCUCGGUAUGAAAAUUGGCAAACAGACGAACUUUAUUGUCAUCAACAAAAAAGCGAGCUCCUUGUUCUCAUUGAUCGCUGACGGAAGCUAUAUACCUACCUCACUGGGUCGCGAGACUUGGAAAAAACUUAUUGGUUCACAGGCCUCCUUACAGAAAAAUUGUAACAAAGAGGGCUUCAAUGUUGAAAGUACUCUGUCUUUCCGAUCCAAAGCAAGAAUCGGCAUUCUUGGCAACGAAGGAUCUGAUGGUUGUGAUAGCUGCGACUCACGAAUUGGAUUCGGUACCGCAGGAUCUCCUGACGAAAACAACUCCUGUGGAAACGAAGCUUCAGCUACCUCAGACAACGGAAGCAGACAUAUCAAAGCUAUGGGAUACAUUUUGGUGCAGUGACAUGGCCAUGCUGAAAAGUUGACACGCUUAUGGCAUUCUCAAUACACCGUAACAAUCCCAACAAGUGCAGUUUUCUUUUUCUUUUUUCCCAACAUAUCUUAGUUACGAAGUGGUUAAUCUAAGAAAAGAGAAGGUUUUAUCACUUACUGCACGCUAUAUUUCUACCAGAUGAUGGUAAACGGAAAUAAAAGGACUUCUCUUUCACGCUGCAACAAAAUUUGUUUUCACUAUUGAAAAUAAAGUGUUUUAGUCCUGACCCCCUUGAAAAUUGCAGCGGAAAAAGAAAAAAAAUCAAUAAAUAGCAUGUGACACUACUCCUUUACUUCUUUUCCUGAUCAAUAGAUCUUGUGCAUGUAUUGAAAAAGCUUUUCCGACCGACCAACCAGAUCGCUUAGGAAAAUAGGCUUAUGGCAAAAAUUCACAUUUUGGGGUCAACAAGGUGGCUGCGAAAUUUUGAAUGGCACGAUAGAAGUUCACCUAAAAGAUAUAUUCCAUUCCAUUUCUCUGAAAUCAAGAUACCAAAGAUUAUGAAUAAAAUAUCUUUGCCCGUU